AUGGUGUACAUAGAUCGAGAUGGACGUGUUUUGGAGCGGCGGCCAUGGAGUAUUGCACGCGUUUUAGAGAUUUUCAUAGGCCUUUGGUUUGUAGUAGUCGCCUUCUUUAAAACCCUAAUGGCCCCCUUCAUGAAUAAUGAUAAUCAAAGCGGUAGUAGCAAUAAUCGUUGGGGUGGGUGGGGCUCUGGCGGCGGUGGUGGUGGUGGUCCAGGUGGGGGAGGUGGACGCGGCGGUGGCAGUGGCGGAGGUGGCUUCAGUCAAGGACUGCGCCCGAAUCGUCGAAUUGGACGUGUCGUGAAUACGUCAAUGGAUUGUAAUAUACCUGGUGGCGGAUGAUCACGGUAACGUGUCCAAGCAUUUUGUUAUGCUGCAGAAAGUAUUUUAGAUGAAAAAACACUUUCUGUGCGCUUGGACACCGCAGACACAUUCAUCAACAAUAGUUGCACUGACUAUCCCUAUUAUUAAUACCAUAACAUCUACAGUGCGUAUGCUAAAACGAGUUUGGCAUUCAUUGCCUUUAUGACGAACAACUUUGUAACCCAGAAUUGGGAGAAGUUGUUCUGAAUUUUAUAAAUCGUUUGACGCAUACAAAUAAAAUUAAGGCGUAUACACCUUGUAUCAAAUUAAAAUAAAUUUUAAGAGCUGUUUAAACUCGUGACCUAAUAAAACUCUUUGGAUUAGAAUAUACAUACAUGCGUACAAAUGUACAGAAGUAUGUACAUUAAAAUAUUUUUUCAGUAAUCAGUUUUCGAAUAUGUCAUUAGUUAUGCCAGAUACUUUAGUAAAUUAAUAUUUUGUGCAAUAUGCAAAGGUACACACAUAUGUACAUACUAACGCGAAUGUUUUAAAAUGUUUUCUUUACCUUGCUCCUAAUCUCUGGUCCUAAUUAUAUUACUAAUAAAAUGACAAAAUGGAACACUUUUC